AUGGGUGGAAUAGGCAAGACCACAAUAACAAAGGCUAUAUUGGUUGAUAUAAAAGACAUAUAUAAUGCUUUAUGCUUUGUUGAGUGCAUGGAAAGUGGUGUUGAUUGCUUCACAACUUCUUGCAAUAUUUUAGAACAAUUCAAAAUCAAAUCACAAUCUAGUGAUUUAAAAGAAGCUCAAGAAAUGUUAAAAUCAUUCUUAGCAAAGAACAAAACUAUCUUGGUGUUUGACAAUGUGAAGAAUCAAAGCCAAAUUGAAGAUGUACUUAUAGAUGACAUAUUUGCUAGCAAUGGUAGCACAUUGGUUGCAACCACUCAAGAUUCAAAAGCAAUAGAGCAUUGUGGUAAAAAAUCUUGUAAAAUAAAUAUUAAAGAACUUGAUGAAGAAACACGUAUGAAGUUCUUUAUCACUCAUUCUUGUGGUCAAGAAAAUCUAUCCAAUGAAUUAGUUGAAGUUGGCAAAAAGAUUGUCAGAGUAUGUAAUGGCCUACUAUUAAAUCUAAAAGUUAUAGGAGCAUUUUUGAAAGAGAAUAAGAGAUUAAGAUGUUGGGAGUGAACUCUAUAAAAGUUGAAAAGAGGAAGAGAGUUGGAUCGAGAUGAAAAUAAUAGUAACUACAAGAUUUGGAAGUUACUAAGAGUAAGCUUUGACAAUUUGAAAGAUAGAAAGAAGAAAAUGUUUUUGGACAUAUGUUGUUUCUUUUGUAGUGAUGUGAGUCCACAAGAUUCAUCCCCCGAAGCUGGAGGAUGUGAUGGACUGGAUGCUGGACUGAUGUGGAGCACGGCGGAUCCAGAGGAAGAAGGCAGGGGGAACAAGAAAACGGGGGUUGGAACUGCGCUUGACACCGCGCGGCGUACGGAAGGAGGCAGGGAUGGGAGGGAUGGAUGA